UGUCUCUCUUUCUCUCUCUCUCUCUCUCUCAAAAAGUAAAUAAACAUUAAAAAAAAAAAAAGGCACACAGAGAGAGCGGUCAUCAAAAGUGAGUUAUAGGGGUUGAGUGAGAUAGAUCCUAAAAACAGAAUAAGAGGAAGACCAGCCAAGACAGAAGAAGGAAGGAGAUGAGGAGAUGAGCGAUCCCAGGGGAGAAUAUGCCACAACUGGCAGGUAGAAUUGACUAGAACAGGUGGGGACAUUGGGGCACUGAGGCACAUUUUAGGCCCGGGCGUUGGCCCACGCUGGAGCGGCAGCUGAGGCAACCCUGGCCUGUCAGGAAAGCCGAGCUGCAGGACGCCGUCUGCAAUUGCCCUGAGACCAGCUGAAUCUCUGCGUCUCGGGCUCCCGCCAGUAGAAUCUGGAUGAUAGACUAACAUCCGACUUCCCUCCCUCCCCAGAGUGUUUGAUAUGACACAUGAAAUAAUGGAAGAAAUGGGAUGAGGAGGAUAAUUACUCUCCGCCACAUUUCCAUCAUCUCUCUCUCAGGGAGGCCAGGCAGAAAGGGAAGGAGGAAAGGAAGGGAAAAAGAAAAAUGAGAAAGGAGAGAAGGAAAGGGAAAGUGAGGUUGUGUUCAAGGGCGGGUGGGUUCAUGAAGAGGAGAAAUGUAAAAUCAGAAGGACUCAGGCCGCUGGCUGGGAGGCCCCUCACGGUGCCCCUCGGGAGGCAGACACCCACCCUGUGAUACAAAAGACAAAAGAGAAGUGAAGUCACUUGCCUUUAGUCACAGCACUAACCUGAGGCAUCUAUAAUAGGAGGAAAUGGAAAAUAAAAUGGGGCCUAUAACUGUAACGUAAGGGGACAAAACAAUUUGCAACAACCCUUAAGAUUUGGAAAUCUUAAGUUUUGAAAAUGUGCCAUUUUCUAGGCUCUGAGAUUGGGAGAGCUCUCAGUUCUUUGGGAUAUCUUUCCUGGUUCUAGACAUUUUAUUUUAUAGAUGAGACAUUUUUAUUUUAUAGGCUCAGAGAGGUUAAAUGAUUUGCUCAAGGUCACACAGCUAGUGUGUGGAAAAGCCAUGAUCUCAGUCCUAUGUUUGGUUUUCUUUCUACUCCACUAGACAUCCUAAAGAUAUGAAAUGCAGAAUUUUGAGUAUCCCUGGAGACUGGGGUAGGGGGUAGGGACAAGAGAAUGGGUUUUCUUAUUUGCCUAACCUGGCUGUGUGUGUGAUUUCAGAGCGAAAGUCGAUUCUUUAUCUUCUCCUCUAGACGGCCUUGGGUUCCUUUUAGCGAGUAGGCUUGACACUUGCUAAAUAAUUCUACUUUCUCGUUUCUCAGAUGUCCCACUCAGAGCUCCAAGAGCAGGUAGAUGUGUGUUGCCCACAUGGGCUCCAGACUCCAGCCAUCUCCGUACGUGGUUUCUGUAAAACCAGGCAGCUGAUCCCUGAGCACCUUCUCUUUAUCGUGUUAACCCUGGUGGUACCAAGAGGCACCUGACAUUCUGGGCAUGCUAAUAAUUCAGUGCCAGCAAGUUUCUGUUAUCCUCCAGUUGUAAUUGUUAACUUGAAUGGAAUGCAAAACUUCUGGUUCAGAGCAGAGGUUGGCUUUUAACUGUGAGUUACUUGAGGGAUAUGGAAAACGGGGAGUACAUUUUGUUGACUGUGCAAGAAGGGUUAGAGAGGCUUUUUUGAGUUGUAUUUUCUCUAAUAAAUAGAAAGAGGUGGUAAAUAUACAGUUGCUACUGUGUCUACAGACUCACUGGUGAACUCUACCCUUUAUUAGCUCUUGCCUUGGACGCUUUUUCAGGUUAGCAAGCCAAGACUUGCUCGGAGAUGAGAACAAUGAGCGCGAUAUCGUAAUGCCGUUUUAACACACACACGUACACUCGCACACAACUUGUAAUGCUUCUAGUGUCAAGGUGUAUUUCUGCAAGCCCUUCCUGCCGGCCUACCCCCACCCCUCACAGGUUUGGAAUUUUUUUUUCCCCCUUAAGGGGAAGUGUAGAAAUAGAGCCUGCCUGUUCAUUUGCAUUAUUGUACAUCACACGAUAUCUUUGCAACCAUUAUAUUGUGUUCUCUCAAUGGUGUUUGCUCUGAGGGUGGGACACAAGGCUGUUUAGUGUCUCGUAAAACAUUUACCAAAAGCACUGAGCCAUGGUUUUGAAGGGCAUUCCGUUGCCAGAGUGUGGGAGGAGAGAGCAAGCAGAGGAAAGAGAGCUCCAGGUGUUUGGCAGGUCUCCUCCAGCCGUGGAUGCCUUUGACAUUAUGACCGCAGAGGAUUCCACCGCAGCCAUGAGCAGCGACUCGGCCGCCGUGUCCUCGGCCAAGGUGCCCGAGGGCGUGGCCGGCGCGCCCAACGAGGCGGCGCUGCUGGCGCUGAUGGAGCGCACGGGCUACAGCAUGGUGCAGGAGAACGGGCAGCGCAAGUACGGCGGCCCGCCGCCCGGCUGGGAGGGCCCGCACCCGCAGCGCGGCUGCGAGGUCUUCGUGGGCAAGAUCCCGCGAGACGUGUACGAGGACGAGCUGGUGCCCGUGUUCGAGGCGGUUGGCCGCAUCUACGAGCUGCGCCUCAUGAUGGACUUCGACGGCAAGAACCGCGGCUACGCUUUUGUCAUGUACUGCCACAAGAACGAGGCCAAGCGCGCCGUGCGCGAGCUCAACAACUACGAGAUCCGCCCGGGCCGCCUGCUCGGCGUGUGCUGCAGCGUGGACAAACUGCCGCCUCUCAUCGGUGGCAUCCCCAAGAUGAAGAAGCGCGAGGAGAUCCUGGAGGAGAUCGCCAAGGUCACCGAGGGCGUGCUGGACGUGAUCGUCUACGCCAGCGCGGCCGACAAGAUGAAGAACCGCGGCUUCGCCUUCGUCGAGUACGAGAGCCACCGCGCGGCCGCCAUGGCGCGCCGCAAGCUCAUGCCCGGCCGCAUCCAGCUGGGGGCCACCAAGAUCGCCGUGGACUGGGCCGAGCCCGAGAUCGACGUGGACGAGGACGUGAUGGAGACCGUGAAGAUCCUCUACGUGCGCAACCUCAUGAUCGAGACCACGGAGGACACCAUCAAGAAGAGCUUCGGCCAGUUCAACCCGGGCUGCGUGGAGCGCGUCAAGAAGAUCCGCGACUAUGCCUUCGUGCACUUCGUCAGCCGGGAGGACGCCGUGCGCAUGAACAACCUCAACGGCACUGAGCUGGAGGGCUCGUGCCUCGAGGUGACGCUGGCCAAGCCCGUGGACAAGGAGCAGUACUCCCGCUACCAGAAGGCGGCCAAGGGCGGCGGCGCGGCCGAGGCGGCGGUGCAGAAGCCCAGCUACGUGUACUCUUGCGACCCCUACACGCUGGCCUACUACGGCUACCCCUACAACGCGCUCAUCGGGCCCAACAGAGACUACUUUGUGAAAGCAGGCAGCGUAAGAGGCCGGGGUCGAGGUGCGGCUGGCAACAGAGCCCCAGGGCGGGGUUCCUACCUCGGGGGAUAUUCGGCUGGCCGUGGUAUAUAUAGCCGAUAUCAUGAAGGAAAGGGAAAGCAGCAAGAAAAAGGAUAUGAACUUGUACCGAAUUUGGAAUCUCUGCCGUCAAUAGUUGCCAUUAAACCUGGUACAGUGGCCAUCCCUGCCAUUGGGGCCCAGUAUUCCGUAUUUCAGGCCGCCCCAGCCCCUAAGAUAAUUGAAGAUGGCAAAAUCCACACAAUGGAACACCUGAUCAGCCCCAUCGCGGUGCAGCCAGACCCAGCCAGCGCCGCAGCUGCUGCCGCCGCCGCCACCGCCGUCAUUCCUGCUGUGUCAACGCCGCCACCUUUCCAGGGCCGCCCGAUAACUCCAGUGUAUACAGUGGCUCCAAACGUUCAGAGAAUUCCCACUGCUGGGAUCUACGGGGCCAGUUACGUUCCGUUUGCUGCUCCGGCCACGGCCACGAUCGCCACACUACAGAAGAACGCGGCUGCCGCUGCCGCCGUCUAUGGAGGAUAUGCGGGCUACAUACCUCAGGCCUUCCCCGCCGCUGCUAUCCAGGUGCCCAUCCACGACGUCUACCAGACAUACUGACACUGGUGAGGAGAGUGGAGACAGACCACGAACUACCCCUGAAGGAACACUUUACUAUUUAUGAAGAAAGAACGUGCAGGAUUAGCACACCUAUGAAAGUGAAGAAUGUUAUCAAAUGUCAUACUGAAAUAUUUUAUAUUCAUGAUGAAGUUUUCACUAGUUUUUUUUUAAGACUAUUUGCAAUUUAGCAGCCUGUGUUCAUACAUUUCUAAGAGACUUGCAAUGGUUCGUGCCUUAAUACCAUCUCUGAAAAAUUUGUACGCUGUAGUACAUUUGUAUAGAGGUUUUUGUUUUUUGUAUUUUUAAGGAUAUAUUUUCAGUAUGAAGGUUAUUUUCUUAACUUCUGCACUCCAGAGAUUUCUAUUUUGUAGUACCUUCAAUAAUAUAUCAACUAUAUAUUGAAAAGCACACUUGAGCAGCUAGGGAACUAUUUUGAAAAAUAUAUUCAAUAUUUAAAGAUACAAACAAUAGUGCUUUAAAAUACUACAUAAAAUGUUAUUUUAAAAGUUAUACUGGAAAGUGCAAUUUUAAAGUGAGUAAAAUCUCUAUUUUAGCUGGCAUUAAGGGUUGACGGUGUUACCAUCUGUCCUCUAUGACAGUUCUUUUUUUUUUUUUUUUUAAGGAAUUAAAACACUCGAUUUCUCCUUAAGCCCAUGUUGAAAAGACUUGUCACAUAUCUGAGUCCAAACACUGGAAAGCUCUCACCUGCCACCAUCACCCUGGACCCUGUUCAUUCUCCAUUUGUCUUUCCCUCCCCACAGCCCUACUCCUUCCUUCCUCCUUUCCCCAGCCCCACCUGUGAGUCUGGCAAGUCUAGGGCAAAAUGAAUUACUCUGAUAGAGAGAACAUUGAUGGCUUUUAUACUUCUUCCUGGGUUUUUGACGGGGGUGGGGGGUGUUUUGUUGUGGGUUUUUUUGUUCUGUUUUGGUUGGGAAGGUAUUUUCAAUAGCAGAGUAUGUAUAAGCACAAGGUUUUCAUAGUUUCCAUAAGACAUCUUUGCAUAGCUAUUUAAUUGUCUUCUAUAAAACCUUAAUUCUUUUUCUAAUGCUUUUAUUUUAUUCAUUUUUUGAAGUAUGAGUUUGUAGAGACAGUGAAUGUCAUUGUAGACAAGGCCCCCAAAGACUCUAGUCACAGAAAGUUAAUGCUUCUAGUUGCUUUUAUCAUGUUUCAGUGCGAAACGUCUUGGGCGGCAAGGGUGUUGGAAAUAUGUUUAUUGAGCAGGGCUUUCCUCCGGAGCUGCGCACAUGGCAGGUGUACUGAAUGGGGACCUACACACCCAGGAGGAGGAGAGAGACCUGGAGGAGUUAAAAGAUAGUUUGUAAAUAAUCUCCUAAUGCUGGCUUUUAGUUGUUUCAUGUUGCAGAAGUUCAUGGUGUAUAGUUUAAUGCCAAAAUGAAACCAUUUAUUUCAAUGUUAUUAAAAAUUGUGUUUAUUAGGAGAAGUAAAUGUAUUGUUGCAGUGUUGUGCCUGUUUCAAGGCUUGUGUUUAUCAGAGUGAAUGUAAAAUACAGUAAAAUGUUAAGAUUGUCAUCUGCUUUAGGAAAUACAUCAACUUGGAACUUUUUUAAAGGCUCCAUCAAGGAACUGAGGUGUGCAAUAGGUAGCAAGUACACAGUUGUGUUUUUAUGUCACAUUAGAGAUCUGUAAAAUCUUUCCACUCAAUUUUUGCUGAUGGCUGAAUUCGUAUUAUGGAUUAAUAAUAAGAUCAUGCCUUUAGCAACUAUUGUAGUUUUGUUUUCAGUUUUAAAUUAAGACAUUCCCAAAUGCCUCUUUCCCCCCUCAUUUUAGGGUGGGAUGAAUUUUUUUAUAUAUAAGCAAUAUUUAUUUAACUAUUCUGUAAAAUUAUUGAGUGCCUGCAAAGGCCUUUAAACAUUUCUAACAUUUAUUUCCCACCAUUCUUGAAUGACAUAAAUAAUUGUGCAAUGUUCCUGAUGAUGUACCCAGCAAGCUGCAUCCAAACUCAAAUCUGUUGGAAUGAGUAAUCCAACAAAAUGCAAUUUGGAUCAGAUCCUCAUCCCUUGACUUUGUGUGAAAGAAGUACUGUCCUUCCAAUGAGAACUGUCACAGAGGUUCACUGGAUGAGACUCUGGCCCAGCGGUCUUACUGUAUUUUACAUAUGCCUGUAAAUUAUUUGAAAAAAAAAAAAAAAGUAAUAAAAAAAAAAUUGAUAUCUUAACAUUGCAACUACCAAACUACCUUAAAAACAAAUGUUGGUGAGCCUCCUAUCUGGUCUGUCUGUUUCUGUUUCAAAACCAUUUCAGAUACACUACUGAGGUAAGUUUAUAACUUGAAAUGUGAACUUUUUUUUUUUAGGGUUAAGAACAAACUAUAUAAACGUUUUAAAAAAAAAAGCUUUAGUGUUCUCUGUUUCAAACAUGCUAGCAAUUUAGGUGUUAUCUUUAGUUGCUUUGUAUUUGAAAAGCUUUUAAAUUUAUUUAGAUCUUGCUCCAUAUACAAUACAUUCUUAGGAUGUAUGUAGUAAAUAAAGCUUUCUUUAAAGCAA